CUCUCUCUCUCUCAGGCUGAAUCCUGAAAAGCUGCUGCUGCUGCUGCAUGACUCACUGAUCCCAGACUCAGAGGAGGCAGAACAAAGCCGGAUCCACCGAGUCCGGGGCAGAGGGAAGGCGUGAACCCUGUGGAUCUCCUCUAAUCCCUGAGAGCCCGAGGUUCUCCACCUUCACCCCUGAAGUCCGCAGCCAGCUGAGCGAUAAACCCGCUCGGAUCCGGACUCUCGGGUCGGGACAGAUCUUCUGAAAACAAAAAUCAGGUGAGCCUGGGAAAGUUUACCUGAGUCCAGUCCCACAAUCUGAGCCGGUCAGGAGGCGCUGAUCCAGGUUUAGUUUUUCAGUGGGUCAGGGUUUGUCCUCUCAGGGCCUCCGUAGUUUGUGUGUUUCCCUUUUUUAACAUUAAACUGUUGUGUUGUAAACAAACUCUCUCUCUGAGCUCCAUGUGACAGCUUCACAUGAGCCCCAUGAGGAUUCCUCCCCUGGAGCGUCUGUAAUAAUAAUAAUCAUCAUCAUCAUCAUCAUCAUCAUCAUCAGGAUCAUCACAGUAAUUAGAAAUUAUACUGUGGAGUCGCCUGCAGGGAUUUUAAUCUGAGAGAUUCAUCAGGGAGCCGAGACUCUCGUCUCUGAAUUCACGUCAAUAUUCUCCCAUCAGGCGCUUUAUUCUGAAGGAUCCAGGAUGAGCCGAGGCUGCCCCCUGCUGGCCAGAGGACAGACUGUCACUGUCGUUUCACCUGCUGAGUUUCUGAAGAGAUAAAGUUAAUUUAAAGACAGCUGAACCUUUCCCAUCAUGCAUCUGUGAUAUCAGCUUCAAAAACAGACGAGAGAGGAGGAGGAGGAGGAUGUGUUUAUUGUCUGGAGCGGCGACAGUCAGCGUCAUUUUCCACUUACAAAAACUCCUUUUUAUUCAGUCUCUUUAGAAAAACGUCUUUUUUUUUUAUUUGUACAAUCUGUAAAAACAAACGUAACGAGAGAGCGCUGAAACUCCGUCUGAAGGUGCCGACGUGCAACAAAAGAAAAACAGGAAUUCGGAGAAAGACGAACUCAUGCAGCGAUAAUAAUCCGACAAAAACAGGAUCAUGAAAGAGUUAAAGAAGUUAAAAACUGAAGAUGAACUUCGACAAAUACUGGAUUCAUUUAAAGAUAAAAAGACGUGAUUUUGUCAAACCUAAAAGAAAACAGACAUUUUUCCGAUGAAGGCGCCGUAAAGGAUCAGAGACAAACAUCGAUAAAGAAUCAAAUCCUGAAUUUUUCCUUUUUAGACCUUUAAAAUGUUUCCGGGUCAGAACCGAGUCCCUGAAGGACAAAAACCCUCAAAUAAAUAAAACACAAACGUCUAAAGCUACACGAUUUUGAGUUCAGGAAAUUCAGAUUUAAACAAAGAAAAUCAAGAUUCACGUUGAUCUGAGUUUGUUUCUGUGAUCCUGAAAAACUCCUCCAGGGUCCAAAGUCUGAACCUCUGGAGUCCAGACCCACAGAAACGGGCGCUACAUGAAGCUACGACAGGAGACAGGAGCGCCUCCAACACACGCCUGAAACUCUGACAUCAUCCUGACCAGGUGAGAACGCAAACAUCUGAACCAGGGCGGGACGACGUCAGAGUCUCAGCUCACGAUUUUCACGACCAUCAAAUCUGAUAAAACGGCGUUACUGUGGUAAAAACUUCAGUGCAGAGAAGGACCCGACCGAUUUAUCGGCGAGUCGAUUAAAUCGGCCAAUUUUAGCCCGUUUGAGACUAAUCGGUAAUCGGCCAAAACUCGCCGAUAUUUUCAGAAAUAAGAUUCAGUUUCACUUUGAAAAUGUUCCUCCAUUUGAAAAGUUCCCCGACUUAUCCUGUAGAUGGCGCAGCGACCUCAUGACCAUCUUCAUCCACUGAAAACGCUUUUCUGGUCUGAGUUUGAUCAGUCGGUCUUCCUGUCGGCGUGAAGAGCAGUGACCUACAGUAGAUCUAAAGUUUAUUUAUAUUUUUUAUAACUUCAUAAAAUUUUUAAAAAUCGGUAAUCUGAUUUUUUCCCCCCUAAUAAUCGCCAUCGGCCCAAAAAAAUCCACCCUAGCGCAGAGAAACGUGUCACUUCAUUAACCGACACACGGUUAGAUCGAUUGGUUGCUAGGUAACCGAGUAGUAAACAAAACCAGGCGGUCAAAGGUCAGAAGCUGUAAAAGUGGCGUUUGUACGUAAACACGUCGACAAGGAGACGACUCGGCAGAAACAUGCUGAAAAAGGGGGCGUGUCUCCACCGAGUCGAGUCCUGACCAUCCUGAAACGAACCAGAAUUAUGGGUAAAUAGUGUCAGCCGUGCUGUUCGGGGUCGCCUUGUUCACGCCCCCGCCGUGGUCGUUUCCCUCAGUGUGCGAAAGUAAAGCUGUAACAAAAAUCGAUGGCGUUUUGGCGGUAAAGGACAAAAAAUUUCAGGACGCGUGUGUGAACGGCGGUCCAGAUCUGCAGCAGGACGACUCCACACACACACACGUUUGGUUCUGUUGGCGCCGACACGGUCAGGACCGGCGAUGGACAGCUGCUGCUUUUCAGUGAUCAGCUGUUUCUCACACAGGAAAUCAGCGGGUUAAAACACUCAUUCAGCUCGCCGUCUGGGCUCAGUGGGCGGAGUCAGGCUGCCUCUGUAGACGCCGCUCUGCCGCAGCUGCGAGCGUCUCUCGUCGUUGUGUAACAGGGUCAAAGGUCAAGGCGCUGCUGUUGGAGUUGUCCGGGUUUCCUGCGUUGAACCCUGAGCUCCUGGUCAGAAAGUCCCUGCAGAAAUUACAAGAAGAGAAGAAGAAAACGGCGAUUAAACGAAGAACACGAAUUAUAAAACACAAGGACGUCAUCUUCGCUCUUUCUGAAGCUCCGCCCAGAUUCUAACAGCAGAACCAGGAGGAGCUGUGAAACCCACAAACUGCCGCCAUGAUUGAACGGCGCUCUGAAGACGCCGUGAUGCAGAGUGCAGGUGAUUUGAUGAGAAACGGGCGAAAAGCUCUCUGGUGUGUCUCUUAAAAACGCCGCUGUGGUUUCACUGAUGGCGCCCGCGCUCGGAGGAUCAUCAGUGUCGGAGAUAAUGAGCGUCUGCAGCUGUGAACUCAGCAGCACAGAAACACUCACAACGAGCCGCGAACUGCAGGAACGAGUUUUAAAGAGAGAGAGAGAGAGAGAGAGAGAGAGAGAGGGAGAGAGGGAGAGAGAGAGAGGAGAGAGAGGGAGAGACACAGAGAGAGAGAGAGAGAGAGAGCGAGAGAGAGAGACAGAGAGAGAGAGGAGAGAGAGGGAGGGAGAGAGAGACAGAGAGAGAGAGAGAGAGAGAGGGAGGGAGAGAGACGUCAGACGGAUGUGAGGGUCCUUUUAACGGAGACGGUCCUGCAGACGAAGAAUCACCUCUGAGUUUGUUCAGACAGAAACAUCACAGAGCAGCUCCUCAGGAACCAAAACCAUCAGGCUGAAGUUCAUUUUCAGAGUUCGGAAAAAAGCGCUGCAGUCAUCACUUUGUCGACUUUAAACAGGAAGAGUUUAGAAAAAAAGGCCUCGUUACUCUUAAAGGUGGUGUAGACAGGAUCUGAGGAAGGUCCAGUAUUUAGGAGAAAUCUUGAAUGUAAAUUGUGUCGGCAGUCGUGGCCAAAGGAGGAUUCAGACAAUUUUCCGAACUUUCUGGUUGGUUUCUACUGUCCGAUAUUGUAGCACGCUAACUUUGUUUGGGCUCCUGAAUGACACGGGGGAGCAGCAUUUUCUUGCUGACUGUUUUCUUGUUGACUGUUUUCUUGUUGACUGUUUUGGUGUUGACUGUUUAUGGUUGACUGUUUUCUUGUUGACUGAUUAUAGUUGACGUUUUCUUGCUGACUGUUUUCUUGUUGACUGUUUUUUGUUGACUGUUUUUUGUUGACUGUUUGGGUGUUGACUGUUUAUGGUUGACUGUUUUUUGCUGACUGUUUUCUUGUUGACUGUUUUUUGUUGACUGUUUUCUUGUUGACUGAUUAUGGUUGACUGUUUUUUGUUGACUGUUUUGGUGUUGACCGUUUUCCUGUUGACCGGUUUGGUGUUGACUGUUUUCUUGCCGACUGUUUUCUUGUUGACUGUUUUCUUGUUGACUGAUUAUAGUUGACGUUUUCUUGCUGACUGUUUUCUUGUUGACUGUUUUGGUGUUGACUGUUUUCUUGUUGACUGGUUAUAGUUGACGUUUUCUUGCUGACUGUUUUCUUGUUGACUGUUUUUUGUUGACUGUUUUGGUGUUGACUGUUUUUUUGUUGACUGUUUGGGUGUUGACUGUUUAUGGUUGACUGUUUUUUGCUGACUGUUUUCUUGUUGACUGUUUUUUGUUGACUGUUUUCUUGUUGACUGAUUAUGGUUGACUGUUUUUUGUUGACUGUUUUGGUGUUGACCGUUUUCCUGUUGACCGGUUUGGUGUUGACUGUUUUCUUGCCGACUGUUUUCUUGUUGACUGUUUUCUUGUUGACUGAUUAUAGUUGACGUUUUCUUGCUGACUGUUUUCUUGUUGACUGUUUUGGUGUUGACUGUUUUCUUGUUGACUGGUUAUAGUUGACGUUUUCUUGCUGACUGUUUUCUUGCUGACUGUUUUCUUGUUGACUGUUUUUUGUUGACUGUUUUGGUGUUGACUGUUUUUUUGCUGACUGUUUUCUUGUUGACUGUUUUGGUGUUGACUGUUUUCUUGUUGACUGAUUAUAGUUGACGUUUUCUUGCUGACUGUUUUCUUGUUGACUGUUUUCUUGUUGACUGUUUUUUGUUGACUGUUUUGGUGUUGACUGUUUUCUUGCUGACUGUUUUCUUGCUGACUGUUUUUUUGUUGACUGUUUUUUUGUUGACCGUUUUCCUGUUGACCGGUUUGGUGUUGAGUGUUUUCUUGUUGACUGUUUUGGUUUUGACUGUUUUCUUGCUGACUGUUUAUGUUUGAGUGUUUUCUUGCUUGUGUCGGCAGUCGUGGCCAAAGGAGGAUUCAGACAAUUUUCCGAACUUUCUGGUUGGUUUCUACUGUCCGAUAUUGUAGCACGCUAACUUUGUUUGGGCUCCUGAACGACACGGGGGAGCAGCGUCUGCCUCACAACCAAUCAGGUUAGAGGAGGUGGAGAACGGCUUUGUUUACAGUCAGAAAGAGCGGACCGCUCAAAAAUGUUCAAAUGUUGACGACACAGACAGAAGAGAACACAGAGAUAUCGAUAUAUUACCAAAUAAUCAAUAACUAAUAACUAUUGACUGAUAUUAGAAGAUUUUUGUAAAUACAGAAAAAAAGAAGCUUCUUUAACAGGUUCCUGCUCCGACUCCACCUUUAAUGACAGAAACAGAGAUCGUGAUUUUACUCGAUCUUUAACUAUUUUAUUCUUUUCGAUUAAAAACAAAGACGCUGUAAAAACAUGAAUCUUUGUCCGAUAAAUAGAAUUUUUUUUGCCUCGUUUCCUUAAUUUGAGCUGAAUGGACCUGAAGAGUCCAGAGAAGGUUCUGUAGAACUGUAAGAAUUCUAAACCAUCAGACCCGGAGACACAAACGUUCAUGCUGAGUCACCUUCGCGCUCGCUGCAGAAGCUCCUCCUUCCUCUGCAGCAGCAGCUUCUGUCGUUGCUCCGCCGUCGGACAGAACUGAACCUCCGUCUCCUCCGUCUCCUCCUCCUCUUCUCCUCCCUCCUCUGCCUCCUUGUCCUUCUCCUCCUCCUCUUCUUCCUCUUCCUCCUCCUCCUCUUCCUCCGACUCGUCAUCCUCUUCCUGCUCUGACUCACUGCUGGCUCCGCCCUCUUCCCCGGGAGGAGGGGUUACCUGGAUGAGCGGGUGAUCGAACACCUGGUGAGAGAGGAAGCAGCUUCAGACCCUCACAGGACAGAAAACUGAAGGUUCGAGUCCUGAAUCCAGAUCCUGAAGAGGAGAAACAGGAUUCUGAGGACUGACCGUUGGGGGGCCGGCGGUCUGGAUCCGUCCCUCCAGGAUGUUGUCCGUGGUGACCUCCAUGGAGCGGGUCAUCUCCAGGUCUUCCAGGAUCAGCUGAAGGGGAACCUGAGGGAACAUCUCGUGGAUCUGCUGAGCCUGGAACACAAACAGGAGUUACAACAUGAAACCGGGUUCAGGUGGAAGACCUGGUCCUGGACUCACCAUGGGGUUGAUCUGGGACGGGUUUGGAGGAGCCACGCCCAAAAAGUUGGUGGUGGCCAUGACCUCCACUGAGAAACUGGGUAACCAGCUGGCAAUACGAGAACCUGGAAGAGGGCGGGGACACGGGUCAGAGGUUCAAAGACACUUUAGACUGCAGACCGGACCGCAGGACUUCAGGGACCCUGUAGACCCCAAAACUGGUUUACCGUCUCACCGUCAAAGUGGAAGAAGUGGUUGAGCUGGUUGAGGUGCUGCCGGGCGUCGACCCCGGGGCCGGCGGCCAUGUUGUCAGCAGCAGCAGCAGCCUCCCUGUUCUCCCUCUCUCCUCGUCCUCCUUCGCCUCCUUCGCCGAUGUUCAGGGACAUCCGACAUGUUGGACAGGAAGUGUCCUGUUCCAGCCAGGAGCGCAGACACGAGCUGAGGACCAAAACAUGGGACUGUGACUCGGACCGUGACCCCAUCUAACCCUUCAGAACUCUAACAGAACCACCCAGAACCACCAGGGCGCGGUCCCCAAACUGGACUGAUCCAUAAUUCAUGGAUCGUUUGCUCUGACCUGUGGAAGAGGUGACCGCACGGCAGCUUCCUGGCCGAACUCAUCACGUCCCAGCAGAUCGCACAGUCGUCGUUGUUGGCGGCCAGUUCGUCCGCAGACGCCACCGAGAACCUGGAAACAGCGGGAAGAACACGACACACAUUCAUCCUGUUCUCUGAGAUCUGUGUGCUCCACCAGGAGGCCAGCAGGGGGCGACUCCACGGGGUGGAAACAUCCGUCAAUUUACCAAAGACUCUCUGAACAUCGUGAGAGGUUUUGGUCUCAUCGAAACAAAAUCAGUUUUUAGUGACAUCAGAGAUUUCCUCUCUCUCUAACCCCCGAUCUCCACCUUCAACCUGAUCGUCUCCUAAAAGGUCGAAAUUCACGAAAAUCGCCGCCAGUCUGGAUGCGGUGAAAAUUGUGGGUAACACUGACCUGGUCUCCAUGUUGUGCAGGACUCGCAGGUAGUUCUGGUGUCGGCGGACUCUCUUCUGGACCUCCUGGACGAGGAAACGAAGCUGCAUGAAGAUCACCAGACUGGCCAUGGAGAGCCAGAUGUUGCUGAAGAGCUGCGGAGGAACAGAGAAGAUCUUUGACUCCAAAAUUAAAACUUCAGAUAAACUUUUUUUUUUUAAACUCUAGAAAAUCGUCAGAUUGGACUCGACGUCUCGUUUACUGACCAACAUGUGGAUGUGAUGCAGCAGGUCCAGGCCCAGUAACAGCAGCUCCAUCAGCAGGUCUGUGUAGUAGACGUAGGAGGAUUUGUUGUCCCAGCUGCUCUCCUCGCUCAUGUCCCACAGGUGGAUGGAGUACCUGCAGGAAACAGGAAACACCAUCAGAGACUGUCACAAUAAAAGCCUCUGAAGAGCUCAAAACAGGAAAUCUGUCCGAGAACCCACCGAGAGAUGACGUGUGUGGUCCUGACGGUCACCAGCAUGCACUGAAACACAGACACAGAAGAUCAGAGAAGUCCAAACGGGUUUUGUAAAGUAGGAACCAUCUGGGAGGAGUGAGAGGUUUCUUGGUUUCUCACCUCAGCUGCCAUGAAGGCGGCGGUGUGUCGACCUUGACUCCGAGCCAGACGGCUGCAGAUGGUCGCCAAACCCCCGCAGCACAACAGCAGCGCCACCAACAGGAGCAGCACCCGGACGUGGCUGGACAUGGGCGUGGUCGGAGAGAAGGAGAGCUGUAGGAGCACAAGAGGAAGAACUUCAGACCUCCACCCUGUGGUUUCGUAGUUCUUGUGUUUGACUGAAUCAACGUUACAUAUUCAAAGCGGUCCUUGCAGAGCUGAACCAGGAGGUGGAGGAAGACCAGGACCGCAAACCAGAGCCACCACAUCACCACCUCGUCCACGGUCUGGACGUUCAGGACGCCGAACACGAAGAUGAACUUGUAGAAGAUGAAGUUCCAGAACUUGUCCUUUAGAUGCUGCAGAGGAGAAGUUUUCAAUCUACAGACUCUUUUGAAGAUGUUUGUCAGUUUAACAGAAACGUCUAAAGAUCGAGGAUUUACUUUGUUUUUCUCCUUUUUUAGUCUAAAGAUCAUUUUAGGGGCUUUUUUUAAACUUCAGUGGAUAAGACCACAUGAAAACAAACACUGACCUGUUUCUCGCUGACACGGAGCGGCCCGAAAACGACACACUGGAUGAGUUUGGCGACCAGCAGCAAGACGCAGCAGGCCGUGUUCACCAUCACCUUCAAACGGAGAGACAGAGGAGUUCAGAGUGAGCUGGACAUGAUGGAGAAUAAAACAAAUAAAAAUCAGGUGGAAGAAGAAAAACAGAGUUCAGAACGAGACUGAAUUAAAGGGUUAGUAGAGGGUUUUUAAAGGAAUCAGCUCUUAUUUUCCCAACACGCUGUAAAUGUCCGUGAAACCAGGAGACCAGGAUCUGCAGCUGCUCAGCAGUUCAGGGUCUCCUUGGUCCUGUUUUUGGGGUCAUGAUGCUCCAAAUGUUUUCAAUGCGCCUUUUUAGCCUUUGUUUUACUUAUAAUCUUUUUAUUGAUUUUAAUGUUUUCAUUUUCCUUUAUUUUAUAUAUAUAUAUUUAAUUCCACUUUAUCAUUUAUAUUACCAUCAUUUUAUUUUAUUAUGAUUUUAUUAUUAUUAUUAAUAUCCUCUUUUAUACUUACUAGCCUGUUUUCUUCCCUCCUUUUCUAUUUCUUUUUUUGCUUUUAUUUUGGUCCUCAUGGUCCCAUUUAUUUUGUAGGGUUCUUGUAUUGCCUGGGUUUCUUACGAAAAGUGAAACAGGCCUACAAUUCAAAGGCCUGUUUUUAACUGAGCUUUUGUUUUUAUGUGUUUUUGUUUUCAAUGUGCUGAUGCUCUGUGCUUACAACUGUUGUCAAAGCACUUUGUAAACUUCUGUUUUUAAAGGUGCUAUAUAAAUAAAAUUAUUAUUAUUAUUAUUAUUAAAAGUAAGGACCGCAUCAGUCCAGGACUCUUCUCCUAAAGAGCCAUGCUGUUUGGGAUCAUAUGAAGGUCUUCCCUGUAAAAGCCAGGUGGACCUCUUUAGAGAGUCCAGGAUUUCCAAGGUUAAGACUUCAUUUCAUAAGACCACAGGAGUUUUCCUCUUUCCCUCCGCCUCUCUGAAUGUCUUUUUAUACCCUGUCAUGUGACUGACCUGAUGGAAAUUCACCUCAUUUGGAGACGUUCCUCCAGAUGUUUUUUCAUUACAACUUUCUACCUGUUUGGUUGUUCCUCUACGAGAACUUUUGGGGCGGCGGUAGCUCAGGAGGUAGAGCAUUGGCAGCCAUGUUUUUGUCAGUCUGCCCCAAGACAGCUGUGACAACUACGGUAGUUUACCACCACCAAGUAGGUCUGGGUGAUAAAACGAUAACGAUAUAUAUUAAAAAUUAAUUUCCCUCAAUUUUAUAUCCUGAUAAUGAUCGAUAUCGACUGAUAUGGAGGAAAUAUAUCGUAAUAAACUUUUUCACAUGUCGCCCGGACCUACUACCAAGGUGUGACUGAAUGAAUGAUGGAUCCAAUGUAAAGCGCUUUGAGGGUCUCUGAUAAAGAGCUAUAAUGUUCUGAUGCACUGAUAUUAUUUGGACCUGUUUGGUUCCUCUCUAUCAGAACUUUGGACCUGUUUCCUUCGUGUUUUUAUCUCUUUUAUUCUAACCUGUAUUUAUGUUUUUCACUCACCCACACAAACACACUGUCACUCAGCAGGAACAGCACCAGGUCCACCGCCUCGUCCCCGAGCCCCGAACCCACCAGCCGACCUCCAUCCCUGAUGAUCCGGCUGAUCCUGGGGCUGUGGACCGGGUCCCCGAGGGUCUCCUCCGGGCUGGACUGCGGGCGCGAGUCGGAGGAGCAGACGGUGAGGACGGUUCCGACCAGCAGAGCGGUACUGAGGGCCGUGUAGGCCCGCAAACUGGGCCAGGGGAACCGGUCCAGAACGACGAAAGGCAUGCUGGUUUAAAGGGUCAAAAAACACCAACGGUUCUGUUUACUGUGGUUCCUGUCAUCUUCAGAUGUUACUCCUGUUUAUUAUAUAAACACAAAGAGAUAAUUUUGAUCAUUUAUCCUCUUUUUUUAGAGUUUUUAUGUCAACAUUCAGAGCUAACGUUAGCUCGGCUGUUAGCAUAGAGUCGAUCUACAGUGGCUCAUUAGGGUCAAAGUAAAUACGAGCUGAUCAGAUAUCAAUUUUACUCAUUUAUCUUUAAACCACGUGUUAUUAGAUAAAAUUUUAAUAAACUGAUAAGACUUAAAAGUGUCGUUUUGAAGGAGAAGUCAUAGCUUUGCUCUGUUUACGUUCCUCUUCUUCGCUUGAUAAAUUGACGUUUGGUUUCGAAAUUCAAGGAGUUCAGCGACACCCAGAGGACAGCAGAGGGAGCACACGGAGAAAUCCUCUAUGGUUUCGAUCAAUCAAACUUUAUUUUUAAAGCACUCUUUAUACAUAUAAUGUUGUACAAAGUGCUGUCCAUUCAAGCAGGAUAUUAAAAAACAAAGAAAUCAAAGAAAUAUAAAUACAAAUACGUAACCCGCCCAUCCUUUCUGCGGAUGUUUCUUAUGACAAAUAAAGGUUCUGGUAGGAACUUUUCUUAAACAGACUCUAAAACUCAUCGCAGGUACACUCAGGUUCUCAUAGGUUUUCAAUUUUAAUUGUUUAUGUAAAUUUAAAUUUCACUUUGACUGGUUUAGUUAUUAACUUUCAUAUUCUUCACUUUAUAUCCAGUUCGAUAUUAUUUGUUUCCCCUCAGUCGGCGGAACUGUUUUUGUGAUGCACCACGGUCUCAAUGUUUUCUUCCGGUCGGUGUUUCAAACAUGUGAGAGAUGGCGUCACGCGCUCAGGAGGCUUCACGCGCUCAGGAGGUCCCCCUGCUCGGUCUGUGUGACGGACACCUGGACCCCAACAGGUACCGGACCUCAUACCUGACCAACAAAGUGGGGGGUCAGCCGGACUGGUUACCGGGGCUCUCCCGGAGGUCUCCAUGCUGUGGGGUCUGUGGAGCCCCGUCAGUCCACGUGGUACAGGUGUACUGUCCCCUCCAGUCCUCCCCCUACCACAGAAACCUCCACCUGUUCGCGUGCCCAAGUGUGGAGUGCAGCGGCAGGUCCGCGAGCUGGACGGUGAUCCGCUCUCAGGGUUUAGAACCAGCGGGGACACCCAGCCCGUCUCAGCCGGCUCAGGAGGCUCGUCCGGCGGCCACAGACUGGUGUGAGUCCGCUGACGACUGGGGGAUGGAGGAGGAGGAUGGAUGGGGAGGAGGAGGAGGUGUGAGGAAGGAGGAACAGAGUGAGGCAGCUCCUCAGGAUCAGGGUAAUCGAUUGUUAUUAUUAUUGUUGUUGUUGUUGUUGUUGAAAUUACAGGAAUUAUUAAUUUAUUAUUAUAAUUAAAAGUUUUUUUUUAACUUAAAAACUCCCCAGAGCAGAGACGCUCAAAAACUCUGGCAGAAAAUUUGUCAGACAGGUCUGGCUGAAAUUGUCAUAUUUUUUCUUUGCCCCUUUGAAAAAGAAACCGAUAUAAAGUUAGAUUAGACAUUCACAUUCAUUUGACAUUCAAAAAAUACAUAUAAAGCUAUUAUUCUCCCUGACCAUGUGACUUACUAAUACUUUUUGAUAUUUUACUAUACUUUACAAUGACAUUUUUAUCAUACUAUACUAUGACAUUUUAUCAAAUCUGAUGUUUUUUUUAAAGUAUACUAUGAUAUUUUUUAGCAUAUGAUAUUUUAUCAUACUAUACUAUGAUAUAUAUCAUAAUUAACUGACUUUUUCUAACAUACUAUGCUAUAAUUUUUUUUAUCAUACUAAUCUAUGAUAUUUUUAUCAAACUAUCCGGCCAGAUUUUUUUUUCAAACUAUGAUACAAUAUUUUUUAACACAAUACUUAAAUUUUUUUAUUACUCUACAUUUUUUUAUAGUACAAUACCAUGAUAUUUUUAACAAACUUUACUGUGAUAUUUAAUAAUACUCAAUGAGGAUUUUUUUUUAUCUAACUAUAGUAUGAUCCCUUUUUUCAGACUUAAAUGUCAUUUUUUAAAUAAAGUAUAGUAAGAAAUUUUUUCAUACUAUAUUUUAAUGUUUUUAUCAUAGUAUACUAUGAUGUUUUGAUCAUACGAUGGUCUUAUGAUACUAUGCUAUGAUUUUUUUUAAACCAUACUAUACUUGAUAUUUUAUAAUACUUUUUAACACACUAUAAUAUGACAUUUUUAUUAUACUAUACUAUGUCAUUUUUCUCCAUGCUAUGAUAUGAUCUUUUUAUCAUGCUAUACUACAACGUUAUAUUUAAAAUAUACUUGUCAUAUUCGUCAAACAAUACUAUGAUGUUUUUUUUAUACUUCGAUAUGAUCUUUUGAUCAUACAUGAUCAUACUAUACUAUGACAUUUUUAUCAUACUAUACUAUGAGAAAUUUGUCAUACUAUACUAUGAUGUUUUUUAUAUUUUGAUUUGAAUUUUCGAUCAUACUUUUCUAGUACUGUUCUAAAAAAAAUGUACUAUAAUUAAAUAUGAUUUUUUUUAAACAUAAUAUACUAUGACAUUUUUUUAUCAUAAUGUACUCUUUAUUAUUAUAUGAUGAAAAAUUUAAUCAGGCUUUUAUAUGAUAUCUUUAUUACUAUUGACAAAAAAAAUUAAAACAUAAUAUAUAAUGACAUUUUUAAUCAAUAUAUAAUAUCCUUUAUCAUACUAUAAUAAUUUGUUUCCAUACUUUAUUAGGACAUUUUUAUCAUACUAUAUUGUGAUGUUUUGUUAUCAAACUUUAAUAUCACAUUUUAAUCAAACUAUACUGACAUUUUUCUUAUCAUACUAUACUUUGACAUUUUAUCAUACUUCACUAUCAAAAUUUGACCAUACUUAGCUAUGAUUUUACAAACAUAAAAUAUUAUGACAUUUUUAUCAUACUAUACUGUGACAAUUUUUUUCAUUCAAAAUUAUGUUUUUUUUCAUGUUAAAAUAUGAAAUUUUUAACAUACUGUACUAUGACAUUUAUAUCAUUCUAUACCAUGACUUUUAUACUGACAUAUGAAAUUCUUUCCACUAGACUUUGACAUGUUUUCAUUAAAAUUUUAAUUCAAUUUUUUUUCAUUCUGAAAUAUGAAAUUUUUUUACAUACUAUACUAUGACAUGUUAAUGAUACAAUAUAAUUACACUUUCUUCAUACCCAAUUAUGCAAAUUUUCUCCACACUAAAAUUUGAAAAUUUUCACAUACUAUACUAUGACGUUAUUUUCAUUCUAAAUUAUGAUUUUUUUUUUUUUUUCAUUUAAAAUUAUGAGAUUUUUUAACAUACUUUAGUAUGACAUUUUUUUCAUACCAUACAAUGACUUUUAUACUGAUAUAUGAAAAUUUUCUCCACACUAAAAUUUGAAAUUUUUCUCAUACCAAACUUUGACAUGUUUUUAUUAAAUAUUUUUCAUUCUGAAAUAUGAAAUUUUUUACAUACUAUACUAUGACAUGUUAUGAUACAAUACUAUCACACUUUUUCUCUCCAAAAGUUAAAAUUUUUAACAUACAAUGCUAUGACAAUUUUUUCAUUCUAAAUUAUGUUUUUUUUAUCAUUUUAAUAUAUGAGAUUUUUAACAUACCAUACUAUGAUAUUUUAUUGAUACUAUACUAUAACUUAUUUUUAUAACGAAAUAUGAAAAUUUUCUCCACACUAAAAUUUGAAAUUUUUUACAUUCCAUACUGACAUUUCUUAUUUUAAAUUAUGAUUUUUUCAUUAUAAAAUAUGACAUUUUUAACAUACUUAACUUAACAUACAAUGACAUUUUUAUCAUAUUAUACUAUGACUUUUUUCAUACUAAAAUAUGAAAAAAAAAUUCACACUAUAAUUUGAAAUUUUUCACAUACUAUACUUUGACAUUUUUUCCAUUUUAAAUUAUGAUUUUUUCAUUCUAAAAAAUUUAAUUUUGUAUAUACUAUACUAUGAUAAGUAAAUGAUACAAUAUAAUAACAUUUAUUCCAUACUGAUUUUUUUUUUUUCACACUAUAAGUAAAAAAUAAAGUAAAAAAUUUUAAUCAUACUGUAUUUCAUCAUACUUUACCAUGACAUUUAUGUCAUACUAUACCAGACAAAUUUGUCAAACUACUAUGGUGUUUUUCUUCAUACUUUGAUGUAAUUUUUUGAUCAUACUGAAGAAAUGACAAAGUAUAAAGAAAAUACCCAGGAAUGAGGAGGGAGACAGGAACUUUCAAUGGUAACUGAAAAUUUAUUUAAUACAUGGAACAAAAAACAAAAUCAAAAUCUUAGAUUAAAUAAAGUCGACACAAGUAUUAAAGAUAACCUUAAAAAAAACAAAGUUUUCGCACAACAAUCUCCUUGGGCUCUUCACUUAGUCUGCUCCAGAGAGAGAUCAGCUGCCUGCUCUCCUCCUUUUUAACGCCGGCUCCUGAUGGCAGCCACAGGUGCAUUCAAUACACCACUCCAGCCUGCAGCAGAGGGAGAGAGAGAGGGGGAGAGAGAUAAAAGGAGAGAAGAGGAGAGGACAGCACCAGAAACCAACACAACCCGUAACAACUUAUUUGAUAUUUUUUUUCAUACUAUACUUUGACAUUUUAAUCAUACUAUACUAUGGAAUUUUUAUAAAACUAUACAGUGAUAUUUAUCAUAUUAUACUAUGAUAAAUUUUGUACAAUACUACAAUAAUUUUAUCAAACUUAACUAUGAUUUUUUAAAUAUAUUAUAAUGUGACUUUUUUCAUACUUUAAUAUGAUAUUUUAAUCAUGCUAUAAAUAAUAGUAAAUAAAUGUAAGUUAUACAAUACUAUGACAUUUUUUCAUACUGAAUUAUUUUUUUUUCACACCAAAAGUUAAAAUUUUUAACAUACUAUACUAUGACAUUUUUUUAACGCUAAAAUAGCAAUUUGUUUUUUAUUCUAGAAAAUGACAUUUUUAACAUACUAAAAUAUGAGGUUUUUCAUCAUACUGUACUAUGACCUUUUAUCAUACUUUAUUAUGACAUUUUUAUCAUACCAUACCAUGACAUUUCUUUCAUUUUUAAUGUGAAUUUUUCUUACACUAAAAGUAGAAAUUUGUAUCUUACUAUAAUAUGACAUUUUUUCCAUACUUAAACAUGAUUUUUUUUUUCAUUCCAAAAUUUUUUCCAUCCUAUACAAUGAAAUUUUUUUCAUACUAAAAUAAUAAAUUCAUCUUGAAUAUGAAUUUUUUCACACCAAAAGAUAAUUUUUUUUCCUACUGUACUGACAUUUUUUCAUCCUAAAAUAGGAUUUUUUUUCAUUCCAAAAUAUUGAAUUUUAACAUACUAUACUAUGACAUUUUUUCAUACUAAAUUAUACAUUUUUUUAUCACACAAAAAGUAAAAAUUUUGAACAUACUAUACAAUGACAUUUUUUUUCAUUCUACAUUAUAGUUUUUUUUUCAUGUUAAAAUAUGAAAUUUUAAACAUACUAUACUAUGACAUUUUUUUAAACUGAAAUAUGAAGCUUUUCUCCACACAAAAAUUUGAACAUUUUCACAUACUAUACUAUGACAUUUUUUCCAUUUUAAAUUAUGUCAUUUUUUCAUUCUAAGAUAUCAAAUCUUUUGAAUAAUAUACAUGAAUUUUUUUAUGCUAAAAUAGGAAUUUUUAACAUUAACAUUAGACAUUUUUAACCAUCUUAAAUAAGAAAUUAUACUAUGACAUUUUUAUACUUUACUCUGACAUUUUUUUUUAUACUAUACUCAGACAAAUUUUAUUAUACUUUAAUCUAUUUUUUUUCAUACUAUACUCUGACAAAUUUUAUUAUACUUUACUCUGAUAUUUUUAUUAUACUAUUCACAGAAAUUCUUCAGAUUUUUUAAACGUGUAUUUUUUCCAUUCUCUGUAGCCGCUGAGACCGCCGUCAGCGCUCAGCUCCAGGACCUCAGUUUGGUCGAACCUCGUGACGACCUUCCUGACCUCCGCCCGUUCUUCAUCAGUGUGGUGGAAGAGUCUGAUCUGGGCGAAGAGGAAGUCGACCUUCAACACGCCAAGCAGCUGCUGAAGGAGUAUGAGAGGAGGGAGGGGAAGACAGUGGGAGACCUGGAAGAAGAGGGUGAGGGCGGGAGAGGAGGAGGAGGCGGCGAGGAGAAGUACGAGAAGAUGACCGCUCGUCACGGGGACGCCGUCUUCUCCAGGUUCAUGAAGAGGAUCUCUCUGUGUCCUCAGCAGAUCCUGAGGUACUGCCGAGGAGGGGCGCCACUCUUCAUCUCCGAGCCUCCGGCUAACAUGGCUCAGGCGGUGACGGCGUGCGGCAGCUGCGGAGGAGCGAGGACGUUUGAGCUGCAGCUGAUGCCGGCUCUGGUCAGUCUGCUGCAGAGGAGGGACGGCGGGCCAGAGACAGAACUGGAGUUCGGGACGGUUCUGGUUUAUACCUGCACAAAGAGCUGCUGGACGGAUGGAUCCAGAUCAGCCGUGGAGGAGUUCUGUUUGGUCCAGGCCGACCCGGACCAGAAACUCUUUAAAUGACCCCGCAGGUCAAAGGACUCUGGUGAACUAUGACCCCUCAGGUGUGCACCUGGGUUCAGAGGAGGAACAGGAUCCAGAUCGUUCUCUUCAGGCAGGAUGAGGCUGAGACGAGAUCAUGAGAGGAAGUAACACCUGAGCAACGAGGAAACAAACGAGCGUCUGAGAAAUGAGGCUGAACAGGAAACAGAUCCUCCGCUUUUUAAGGUGGACUGUCAAGGACAAACGAAUGUAAUCAGAGUGAAGUCUGAACCUGAUGAGAAUAAACGGUCGGAAGAACAAAGGUGUCGUAUUUGAUCAGUUUACUCACUUUAUCUCUUUAUUAUGAGAAUUUAGUCUUUGAGGAUAAAAUUAUUAAAAUAGAGUCAUGAGAAUUUACUUCUCAGGAAGUCGUGAUGAAAAUAAAGUUAUGAUGAGAAGAAACAUAAUGAGAGAAAAGUCUGAGAACAAAUUUAAAAGAGAAUUAAGACGUUUUGAAUUAAGUCUGAGAACAAGUUUGAAAUGAGAAUAAAGUCGUUAUUCUCAGAAAACUGAUUCAGUCCAUCUUUAUUUUCAGUUUUUGACUUUUUCUUGUGAAGUUUCGACUUUUUUGUGACUGAAUUCUUAUUAAAAAAAAACAAAUUUAAAUUAAAACAUUAUUUCUAUGAUGACUUUAAUUAUAACCUGAUUCAGUUUUUAUCAUACUGCAGUUUUAUUUUUGUAAAAUCAUGAUCAUCGUCUGCUGUUUCCAUCCCUCUGGUUAAAGAACAUGAAGUCUUUGAUUUUACCGAGUAUGAAGAGAGACGUCUGUGUUUAGAGGCUGUCAUGUUAUUCUGCUGUUGACAAUAAAAAACAUUUUUAAAAAGUUCAUAAACUGAAUAAAAAAGUUUUUACAAGAUCUUAUAAAAGUUAAA